AUCGACUUCACAACUAUAACUAGCUUCAAGCCCGAGCCCAUUCAUCCACAGCGAAAGAUUAAACGACGUCGCCUCAAAACAAUCGUGAAAAUUUUCGACUGGUCAGGAAUCAGGAUCAGGGUGGCCUCUGCUCGUAAAGAAAACAGAAAUCGAUCUCAACUUCUGUCCCUCCUUCUCUCCUUCCACUCCCGGGACGAUGAUGGAUUCUCGAGUUCUUGUUGCUCUGCUUCUCGUCUCUUCCUUUCUAUGCUCAUCUGCCAAGGCGGAAAGAAGCGGGACGGUUCUGUUCAUCGAUGGCCAGGGACACAAAUACCUUCGUUCUCCAUCCACCAAUGGUGGCGUCCAGUCCCAGUCAAUGUUGAUUCCGGAAGUUGCUGAUGCAGUGUCUGUUCUGCUUGGUUUCGCGCCAUCCGCUACACUUUCGGCAGCUGGUUCAUCAAAGUUGAAUGGGGUUCUCGAGCCCAAUCCAUUUGAUAGACCUCGUGCUGUAUUCAUGUUGGAAGUUACUGGAAUUAAAGAUCUUCCUCAGGCAAGUAUCUCCUCUAUUGAAAAGUACAGCCAUGCUUUACAGCGCAAUACCGUUCUUGGUUCAGAAAAAGCUAAAAUUGAACUUCCAGGUGGAGAGGUCUCUGUGGUUCAUUUGGAUGAUGGGUUAGAAGAUUUCACAGAAAAGGAAAUAACUGAUCUUGCAUCUUUCUUGGGUGGAUCAUAUGUUACCGACGCUUCAAAAACAAUGAAUGGAGAUAUUAUGGGUAUAACUUUGGCUAGUGGAACCAUGAAUGUUCACCUGUCGAAGGAAGCGGACAGGAAAUAUGUCGGAAUGCUAUUGGCUCUGAUGCGAAACAGCAAAAGAGCAAGACUGAUGCAUGAAGAUCUAUCGCAAGGCACCCGGAGGCCUGCAGAGCUAACAAUUGGAUGCUUUGAUGGAAUUAAGGCUUUGCGAGAGCAAUAUGGUACAGAAAGCAUUGUGCAACAAGGGGAGGAGCUAUUACUUAGCGUGCUGUCUAUAGUUCUCGAUUCCUUGCAGGCAGCAUACAAAGGUCAACUUGUUGCGGUAGUUUCCUUUAAGCCAGAAUCACAGACCAAGUUGGACGUGGUGCUGACUGACUGGCCAUCUGCUCGUAUGUUGGUUGAAAGCAAUGUAUCACCUGUACUUAAUGCCACCAUUUUGGAAGUGGCCCUAGUCAGAACGACCUUGGCUUGGUUGACAGGAAUCAUUCUUCUCGUUUCUACUCUCAUCGGGGUCUGCAUGCUUUUCAAUAUGCCACUCACUAAGGACACCCUUCUCUACUCCAAUGUCAAGCUCGACUAAGUUGGAAGGAGCAGACGCGUCUUUCAACCAUUAAAAGUUGUCGUCUGUGCAGGACAUAAUUGGGGGACAGUUUGUUGCUGAGCAGUGGCUAGCUAUGGUUUCUGUUAAACCCGUACCUUGAUUGUUGAUAAUGUCGAAUGUUAUCAACAAAGCUGAAAGCUGCUGCUAUAUUGGAUGUGCUUGACCGAGGGAUUGGGUUUAAUUGGAAACUUUACAGGUUGAUACUAGUAGGUCAUUCCUGUGUGUGGGAAGUAGGAUCCUAUGGCCAAUUUGGAGUUCUCUGUAUCUUAAUAACAGACAUUAGCCGUAUUUGGGAUUGUUGCGCGUUGUUGAAUAAGUCAAUAUUGUUUUGAGGUGAAAUGGAUUUAAUGUUCGUCAUAUUCGUGAUUUUGUAGCCCUAGUUGGAAGUAGGAAUUUCUCUACUGUGUAUUAAAAAUAUUCCUCUACAUUGUUCAUUUGCUCCGCGUCGUUUCGGUAGAGCUGUCCAUUUUGUAGCGUAACAGGCUCUCUCAUCAAAAGUUGGUCGACUUUUGCACGUGAUUGUUUUCGGUUCUCUGACGAUGUGACUGAAC